AUGAAGUUAGUUAUAUUUUUUUCAAUAAUUUUUAUAUUCAUAAUAUGCUUAGUAAAUUGUAACCAGGAUCCUAACAAUGACAUUUUUGUUCAAGAAAUCAUAGAAGACAACGUGCUUUUACAUACUAGCUAUGAUACAAAAAAAAGAAGUGUUAGAUUAAAAGUGGAAAACUCUUCAAAUACACAAUAUGUGGAAAGAGCCCUUGGUAUAUUAAACAAGCAAUCAUGUUUAAAACAUUCAGUUACUUCGAUUGACGAAAAUGGCGCAGCAAAAAUAAAAUAUGGACCAUUUUGUGAUUUUGAUGUAGAAAUAGAAAAUGGAUAUUUAAUUCAUGUAAUAUAUAUAAAUGAAUAUUGCUUUGAUAAAAACAAACUUAUUAGAUUAGUUUUUUUGAGCUUUAAUUUAAGGCUUCAAAUAAUGCAACAUAUUAAGAGACAAAAAUCUAACUAUGUGGAGUAUAAUCAUGAAAUUGUCUGGUUAAAACUUCCAAACAACAAAUAUGGUUCAUUUGAUCCCAAGACAAAAAGAUUUUCGAUAGUAAGUGGUAAAACACUUAAUAUUUUUGCCAAACCUGAAAAAAGUGUUUUCUUAAGAAACAGAACUAUUACUCAACAAUAUGAUAUAUCUUCUGAAUUUCUUUCAUUCGCUGAUGUAAAAUAUUUAAACUCAAUGAUGUGUGAUUAUGUUUUUAGAAAAAAACAAAAACAAAAAUGUUAUAAAGGUGGAUAUGUAAAUCCAGUAAAUAAAAAACAAUGUCUGUGUCCAUUUUUCUAUGAAGGAAAAGAUUGUAAAAAGUUAAAGAAAUCAAGCAAACAACAUUUAUGUACAAAUCAAGAGAUAAUACCAACAACUAAUUUACAACAUAUGGUAAUUGACUUAGAAGUAGAAUGUUUUCAUCGUUUCAAAGCUCUUGAGGGACACAAGGUUCAAUUAAUAAUAUUACCCAAACCCCCAUUUGUAUAUAAUUGCGCAUAUUUCCCACUUAUUGAAAUUCAGAACAAAAAAGACAAAACAAAAAUGGGAACAGUUCCAUGUGGAUUCUUCGUAAAAAUAGAAAUUGAAUCUGAAGAUGAAAGUAUUUUGGUAUACAACUCAAGAUAUGGAUCAAAUUUAUUUUUCGAUGUAGCUUAUAAAGCAGUGCCUGUUAAAAAGUAA